GGGGAGGCGCGCAGGCGCGCCGCCGUGUGGGCGGCCGGGCGGGCGGUUGGCGGUGGGACGGUGUGAGUUAUCGCUCGCGCGCGGCGGUUGGUUGGGGCGCGGCGUCCACCCUCCGCCUCCCCGACGGGCCGGGCGCGGAGCGGCUCCGCGCGCUCCUCUUCCUUCUCGCCGCCGCCGCUGGAUGCGGGGCGGCGGCAGUGCUGCGCGGAACCGGGGCGUAAGAUGGAGGGCCUGACGCUGAGCGAGGCGGAGCAGCGCUACUACUGCGACCUCUUCUCCUACUGCGACACCGAGAGCACCAAGAAGGUGGCGUCCAACGGGCGCGUCUUGGAGCUCUUCCGCGCCGCGCAGCUGCCCAACGACGUGGUCAUGCAGAUUAUGGAGCUCUGUGGUGCAACAAGACUUGGCUAUUUUGGAAGAAGUCAAUUUUAUAUUGCUUUGAAACUCGUUGCUGUGGCCCAGUCAGGUCUCCCUCUAAGAGUGGAAAGCUUAAAUACAGUGAAGGACCUUCCUCUUCCCAGAUUUGUUGUGUCAAAGAAUGAACAAGAAUCAAGACACACAGCCUUGUAUUCUUCAGAUGCUGAUAACCCAGCUUCCUAUUCAGGUGUGAUUCCUCCUCCACCUGGCAGGAUACAAGUCAAAAAAGGCUCUGUGAGCCAUGAUGCAGUUCAACAACGUACAUCAACUGAUCAACAGGAGUCCACAUCUCCAGUUGUUUCACCACAGCAAUCCCCACCAACCUCUCCACACACAUGGAGGAAGCACAACCGCCAUCCCAGCGGAGGGAAUAAUGAACGACCUCUUGCUGGACCUGGGCCUUUUUGGGCUCCAUUUAGUGAAGCACAACCAGGCUCAUCUACUUCUAGUGAUCCCAUAUGGUCUGGUCAUUCGCCACCACCUCACCAAGAAAAUUGGGUCAGUUUUGCUGAUACCCCACCAACCAGUGCUCUUUUAGCCAUGCAUCCUGCUUCUGUCCAGGACCAGACAACAGUACGAACUGUAGCAUCAGCUACAACAACAAAUGAAAUUCGUAGGCAAUCAAGUAGUUAUGAUGACCCCUGGAAAAUAACUGAUGAACAAAGGCAGUAUUAUGUUAAUCAGUUUAAAACCAUUCAACCUGAUCUAAAUGGAUUUAUACCAGGAUCUGCAGCUAAGGAAUUUUUCACUAAGUCGAAACUACCUAUUCUUGAACUUUCUCACAUUUGGGAACUUUCGGAUUUUGAUAAAGAUGGUGCACUGACGUUGGAUGAGUUCUGUGCAGCAUUUCAUCUGGUAGUUGCUAGGAAGAAUGGAUAUGAUUUGCCAGAAAAGUUACCGGAAAGCUUAAUGCCCAAACUGAUUGAUUUGGAAGACUCAACAGAAGUUGGGGAACAAACUGGUGAGGUUGGUUACUCCAGCUCUCCAGCAGAAGCACCUCCGAGCAAGUCUCCGUCAAUGCCAUCCCUAAACCAGACCUGGCCAGAAUUGAAUCAGAGCAGUGAGCAGUGGGAGACAUUUAGCGAACGCUCUUCAAGCUCACAAACUCUGACCCAAUUUGAUUCUAACAUUGCACCAGCUGAUCCUGAUACUGCAAUUGUGCACCCAGUUCCCAUAAGAAUGACUCCAAGCAAAAUCCACAUGCAGGAAAUGGAGCUUAAAAGAACUGGAAGUGAUCAUACUAACCCUACUAGCCCACUACUUGUGAAACCACCUGAUCUCCCAGAAGAAAACAAAAUGAGUUCAUCUGUAAAAUACACACCUGGAAAUACAGUUACAGAUGGUUACAGCAGUUCAGACUCCUAUACUUCAGAUCCAGAGCAAAUUGGAAGCGCCGUAACACGGCAACGAUCACAUUCAGGAACAUCUCCAGAUAAUGCUGCACCGCCACCACCCCCGCCAAGGCCUCAUCCUUCUCACUCUCGAUCAUCAUCUUUAGAUAUGAACAGAUCCUUUUCAGUUACCCCAGGACAGCAACAGGCUGGAGUUGUUGCCUAUCCCCCUGCAGUGCCUCCAAGACCACAGCCUUCACAGGGUGCAGGUCCUCAUGUGCAUCGCCCAGUAGAUGCUGACAGCCUAAUAUCUCAUACCAGUACCUCACCUCAACAAAUACCAGAACAGCCAAAUUUUGCAGACUUCAGUCAGUUUGAGGCAUUUGCUGCAUCAGGUGUAAACAAGGAGGAAGAUGAUGAAAUUGAAACACACUCAGAAGCCUUGCAGGUUGAAAAGCCCUCUGAUUCUGCGAGUUCUCUUAGAGUUGCCAAAGCAGAUGGAAGAGUUGAAGAGAAAGUACCUGCUAAUGUCCCCGCUAGUGCGGGUAAAGGCACUACCCCACUUGCUCCACCACCAAAGCCUAUUCGCAGAAGAUUAAAAUCAGAAGAUGAGCUGAGACCUGAAGCUGAGGAGCAUACACAGAAAACAGGUGUCAUAGCUGCUGUUCUUGCUUCACAGCCAUCUAUUCCUAGAUCGGUAGGAAAGGACAAGAAGGCAAUUCAGGCAUCAAUCAGACGCAACAAGGAAACCAACACUGUUUUGGCCAGAUUGAACAGUGAACUACAGCAGCAGCUAAAGGAUGUUCUUGAAGAGAGAAUCUCCCUGGAAGUCCAACUGGAACAACUUCGACCUUUCUCUCACCUCUAAGCCUACUGCCGUUAACUGUGAAUUUACUAACUUUGAAAGGGGUAUUGGUUUCAAAGCCUAUUUAAAGAUCCAUGCGUCUAGCUCAGUGCACUCUAUUCUACAUUAAAUGUUGUAGUUCUGUUUUGUCAGUUUGUCCACUUUUGUAUUUAAGUAUUUUAAUUUCAGUACAGGAAAAAAAAAGAAACUUUUUCCUUGAAUGUGACACUGCCUCUCACAUCGUUUUCUGUGGACAUCUGUGACCUUUGUUGGACUUGAGUUUGCAGAGUUUGUCGCCAAAAUUUCCAACUGGAACUUUUUAGUGGUUUCUUUCCUGUUGAAACAUCUUUGCAGAGGAGGAUUGAUGAUCAGUUGACUUGAAACACACAAAUUCUUCCUUUGCUGUGGCAUUUAUUUUAGCGUGCCAGAAAAGAGGGAAAAAAAAAAAACUUGUCAUCAGCCAAUAUUACCUCCCUUAACUGCCUUUCACAAUCUGAAAGAUGUUCACAAUUCUAGAAAGCCUGCCUCUUUGCAAUAAGCCAGUUUAAACAGGUUGUCAGAGUUCUUGCAGGCUGUUCACCGUAUUGUCUGGAUUUGGUUUCAUCUUUCUGUUGCAUACAUUAUAGAGUACGUAACCACAGUUUGCCAGGUGUUCACAUUUUAUCCAUUCAUGACCCUGAUUCAGCUGCAUGCAUGUGAAGACUUAUGGUACAAUUGGUGGUCUCUUAAACAAACCUUUUUUCAGACCUUUUUGUGAAGGAGGUGGGUAUAAAUCCCCAACAUAAUAAUUACACAUUUCCUAAGCACCACCUGUAAUUGCAUGUUUCACACAUUACCUUUUAAUAACAGAUCACAUCCACCAGUCUUCACUAUAUCAAAUUGUAUUUGUCAAGCAACAUGUCGAUUCCCAGCAAAAAAAAAAAAGUUAAAAGAACAGUUUGCUUCUUAGGAAUUCUGGGAUACAGGCCUUAUUUCUCUGGCAUAUAGACAGGCUUCACUAUUAACCGAGUUCCCUGAGUGUAUCCUGCUAUUCAGGUUGAUGUACUGUAUUAGGAUUUGUUGUAUAUUGUAUGAUACACACCUUUUGAUCUCAUAUGUAAAUUUGCAUUAAUUGCUGACUAACAGCAGAUAUUCUAUUUAAUGGCUUCUUCUGGCUGUGGGAUCAUAGAUGUUUAACUGCAUGGAUGUAUCUCUGCAGAAUCAGAACUAGCAAUUGUGUGAUUUUUACACCAAUAAAACAGCACAAUAUUUUAAUUUUGUUGAUUCAUCUUUACGUGGGAAUUGGAACUCAUUCAGACGGGGAGGGGCUUUGCAGAGACUUUUUGUAAUUUUGUGGCAUGUACAAGAUAGUUGCAUAAUCCCUUGACCAUUUUUUUUCCUUGUAUAUUUCUAGCUGUUGGUCAGAAGCGAUCGGCUUCUCUUAGUAAUCUGUGGCUAUACUACUUUUGUAUCCUCCUAUAAGCAAAUUAAAUGUAGCUGUAACUUUUAAAAAGUAAAUGCUGGUACUGACUUGGGUCAAAGAAUUGUAUACUUCCUUAGUGUUCAUUUUUCUAGUUUGAUUUCUUUGAGAGUACUUUUGAAAAUUAAAACUGAAUGAAUUACAUGUUAGCAGUCUUUAUCUUCACUGUGUCACUCCUACGCUUCAAUGAAAUUCUCUUAACAUUUGCUUCUGCUGCGAGAAAAUAGCUGAAGUCAGAUUUUUUUUUUUUGCUGGAUAUGCUGUUUAUUCCAAUGAAAAUGAGCUAUUUCCCUUCUUGGUUAUCAUAUGCAUACUAGUUCUUUAUUACUAAAAUUAUUCCAGCAUUUCAGACAAAGUGUUACAGGUGGCUUAUAUGUCAUCCAACGCAAGAUUCCCUGAUAUGAAAACCAAGAAUGUCAUAGUUGCAUGAAAAGAAGUUAUUUUCUACUUGUAUGUAAAUAGAUUCUAAGAAAUGGUACCUAAAAGGAUGUGAAGAUUACGUUUCAACUGUAUCUUGUAAACUAGUAGAUUAAGUGCAAGCCUUUGAUUGCAAGAAAAAGCGACCAAAACCAGAUAUAACCAGGUUUAUGCUAUGGAGGAAAAAAGCAAAACACCCAGAACCUUGAAGCUGAUGGAUUAUUCACAUCUGUUGCAUUUCAUCAAGUAGCAAGUACACUGUUUUUUAAAAGAAUGCAAAGUGAGUCACUUCACUGUCAUCAAAAAAUGUUGAUUUUAAAUCAAGUGCAUCUUGUCCAUGCAGUUUAAAGUUAAAUGCAUUUUAAAAACAGAGCUAUUUUCAUAUUGGUAUUUAAGUACUAAGCCUAUGUUUGUAGCAGCAGGAGUCGUAAAUCAAGAGUUUGACAUUUUAAGCUUAAGGGUAAAGAGCCUUUUGCAUUCUAACAUGACGUGUACGCAGUCUUCUCAACUGUAACUUUCUACAGAGUGAUAAGUUAUGUAGUGUUUUAAGUGAAGAAUUUAGGAAAAUUGAACAUUUUUGUAUCUUGCCAGCAAGUCUAUUUUAAGAGGUUUUGCGGUUUAUUUUUAAAGCAUCGUUUAACAGCUUUUUUUCUGAUCAGAAGAGCUUCUAACUGAAAAAUAACAUAGGUUUUAAUAACAUCACUGCCAACAGUGCUCAGAAGAUACCUCACUAAGUAAUGUAACCCAACUUCAAUACCUUAGGAAAUUAUUUACUUGUCUUCUCCAUUUGUUUAAUCUUGAUCCAACUACUUGAUGGCAUUAUUUAUGAACUUAGAUUGUAAGCUCUUCGGGGCAAGGAAUUGCAGUAUGAGAAAUGUUCUCUGUACUGCACAAAUGAACGUAGACUAUUAAAUAGUCUAUGUGUGGUUCGUAUGCUCUGGCUGAUAGAUAGCAACAUGCAUUUCUUAAACACCUGCAAAAUGGUUUACUUUGGAUUUCAUGAUUGGAGGAGCAUCUGCUUUCUCAUUUGAUUUGCCUUUUUCUGCUUUUUCUGAUGUGCCUGUUUCUUCAUUCCACCUUCUUUAGAGUUGCUUUUCAAUUGCUUUUUCUCUCUCUUGUCCAUCUUUGAACUGCAGAGAUGAUUUCCAAAAUGCAAAACAGAAAAGCCACUUUAAUUAAAGCAGUAUGUUUAAGUAGACCCGGUUUAAGUUAGGUGUUCUGAGGCUUUUUGUACUUCAUUUGCCCCUCACUUUACUUGCAGUUGUUUACUACCUGAGCUAAGGGAUCUUUUAAUACUAAAAAUGUUGUACAUGGGAUAAACUAAAGAAAAUAAAUUUUCAGCAUUG